CGAUCUUUGGCAUUGAACUGUGUAUUGUUUGAACUGUGUACACACGCAAACCGGUCCAGUGAGAGCCAAGGGGGCGGGAUGGAGAGAAACCCCGGACCGGUUUAUCAGGCUCUGGCCCGGGCGGAGAACAUAAAAACAGCCCGAUGAAUCUUGACCGGCAGUAGGUCACAGUCAUGUUUCAUCUCAUCAUCGCCGCUGCUCUCCUCGCAGCUCUUUAUGUUGUCUUGGUGGAGACUUUGUUUAAGAAGUCCAAAUGUAAAGGAACCGCUGAUAUGACGGGGAAAACGGCCAUCAUUACAGGCGGGAAUACCGGUAUCGGUAAAGCCACAGCUCUGGAUCUGGCUGGUCGUGGAGUAAGAGUAAUUCUAGCCUGCAGAAACCAGAAGAAAGCUGAGGCAGCUAUAAAUGACAUCAAGAAGGCCACAGGAAGCAAUGAUAUCCAGUUCAUGAAGCUUGAUCUUGGAAGUCUCAAAUCUGUGCGAGCUUUUGCUGCGAACUUCCUCAAAUCUGAGUCGAGACUGGAUCUGCUCAUCAAUAAUGCAGGUCUUGUUGCGGAUGGUCAAACUGAGGAUGGUUUUGGCAUAGAGUUUGGCGUCAACCAUCUUGGACAUUUCCUGCUCACAUGUCUUCUGCUGGACCGUCUGAAGGAGAGUCCUGCUGCUCGGGUCAUCACUCUAUCCUCCAUGGCCCAUCGCUGGGGCAAGAUUGAUUUUGAUUCUCUUAUCGCCACCAAAGACCUGGGGUCAGGGAGAUACAGCUGGCAGUUCUUCCAGGCCUACUGCAAUAGCAAACUCUGCAACGUCCUGUUCACUCACGAACUGGCCAAGAGAUUGAAGGGCACUAACGUCACCUGCUACAGUGUUCAUCCAGGUGUUGUAAAGACCGAGCUUUCCCGCCAUGUGAGUCUCUGGCAGAAAGUGUUCAUCGAGCCAGUGGCUAGACUGCUGUUCCUGGACCCAAAAACUGGAGCCCAAACGACUCUUCAUUGUGCCGUUCAGGAAGGAAUUGAGCAUUUCAGUGGACGUUAUUUCUCAUGCUGCGCUGUGGAGGAAGUCGGUGCCAAAGCCAAAGAUGACGCGGUGGCCAAAAAGCUUUGGGAAGUCAGUGAACAACUGAGCGGCCUUUCAUAAAGCCAGAGGAACUGUUUUAUUUCUGGUGGAUGGAGACCGUCUGUGAACUUAUUUACCCCUAGAGAAAAAAACGAAUAUGAAGUGACGAAACUGAUUGUGGAAUUUUUGUGUUUACGGACGCACAAUUAUUUACUAGGUUUACAGUGUUUUUUUUAUUUGUAUGUUUAUAUUAACUGCUGUAUGCUGGGUGAGUGUUUUGUUUUUUUUGUUUUUUAACUGUAUUAAAGUAUGUAAUGGAA